AACGAUCUUUGUUUGUCAGUGUCAAUUCAUGCGGCAAAGAGCGGUUGUGGUGUUAAUGUAUUUUAAAUAAAUCGUUGUUUUAAAACGAAUAACGAUGCUUUGAUAAUAAAAAUAAUAGGUAUUUUAUUUAAACUAACUAACGAGUAAUAAUUGUGUUAAACAAUAUACUCUGUCAGAAGGCUAAUUUUUAUUUUAAUAGUGAAAGAUGGACGGAAAUCUCAGCCUGUGAUAAUUUAUUGUAUCGUUUUCUCGUCGUGAAAGAAAUGUGGACUAUUUAAGUUGUUAAUACGGCAAAAGUGAAGAUUGUACAGUGUCUCAUCAAAUGCAGUUAUGGCUAGCGAUGAGUCCAGUGUGCGUGUGGCAGUCAGGAUCCGCCCACAAACGCCAGCGGAAGUGGUCGACGGGUGCGGCGUGUGCGCGCGGGCGGGCGGCGCGGCCGGUGACGGCGGCAUCGCCCUGGGCGCCGAGCGCGCGUUCACCUUCGACUACGCCUUCGAGCCGAGCGCCGACCAGCAGGACGUGUACGAGACGUGCGUCAGGAAACUCGUGGAGGCGGCUCUCGAUGGGUACAAUGCUACAGUGCUCGCUUAUGGACAGACUGGGUCAGGGAAAACUUACACAAUGGGAAGUGGGUGGGAGGGUGAACAGAUAGACGACGACAAGAGAGGCAUCAUCCCCCGCGCUAUACGCGAUUUGUUCGCCGGGGCGGACGAGCGGGCGGACGCGGCGCGCUCGCAGGGGCAGCUGCCCCCAGAGUUCUCGGUCCAAGCGCAAUUCAUCGAGCUCUACAACGAGGACAUUGUGGACUUGCUCGAUCCCGCCAAAGAUCCUUUUUCAAAGGGCACCUUAAGAAUAACGGAAGAUGGCUGCGGAGGAGUUAGAAUAGUAGGCGCGUCGAUGCGCGCAGUUAGAGGCGCCAAAGAGGCUCUCGGGGCUCUGAGAGCGGGCGCCCUGGCUCGCACCACAGCAGCGACCAACAUGAACUCCUCGUCAUCUCGCUCACACGCGGUGUUCACAUUGCUGCUUAGACAGAGACGACUGGCGGCAGAUCAGGACAGCGCAGAGAGGGAAACGGACGGCGAGACUCCCGAACAGUACGAGACGUUGACUGCCAAGUUUCAUUUUGUGGACUUGGCUGGAUCUGAACGACUUAAGCGCACUGGUGCGACUGGAGAAAGAGCAAAGGAAGGCAUAUCCAUCAACUGUGGACUGUUAGCCCUCGGCAAUGUUAUAUCAGCUCUGGGAGAUAAAUCACGCAAAGUUCUGCACGUACCGUAUCGAGACUCUAAACUGACUAGACUGCUACAGGAUUCCUUAGGAGGCAACAGUAAUACAGUGAUGAUAGCGUGCGUGUCCCCCAGCGACCGGGACUUCAUGGAGACUCUCAACACACUGAAGUACGCCAACCGCGCGCGUAACAUCAAGAACCGCUGCGUCGUCAACCAGGACCUCACCUCGCGCACCAUCAGCCAGUUGCGGCAGGAGGUCGCGCGGCUGCAGCUCGAGUUGGCGGAGUACAAACAGGGUAAACGCGUCGUGUCAGAAAACGGCGAAGAAGGCUGGAGCGACGUGGUGCAAGAGAACGCGUUCCUCAACGCCGAGGUGGAGUCACUCCGGCGAAGGAUCAAGGCCAUGCAGGGAACCAUAGAGCAGUUGUCGGCUAGAAACAGCGAACUAGUGGCUGAGAAGGCUCUGGGCACGUGGGCCCCUAAGGAUGGCAGCCCGGAUGCUUCAGACUGUUCUUUGACCGCUUUGGUGCAGGGCUACGUAACAGAAAUUGAAGAUCUUCGGGCGCAGCUGAUGGAAGCCAACGCGUUGUACGAGGCUAACAGGAGGCGAGAGGCGCGAACUAGACACGACUCGUCGUUGCUGGACACAUCCUCUGUACUUGACGAGGCUAAGAGGGAACUGUAUAAAGAGAAAGAACUCCUAGCCCGGAGUAUGGGUGAGUUGGAGUUCCAACGCAAGCUGGCAGAAGGUUCCGGAACAACUCUCAUCGGAGAGAGAGAGCGCGCAGAGGGGGAGAGCGCGGGAGACUCGGACCCCUCAGACAAUGACGACCAGGAACAACAGGCCAGUGAUUCUGAUGAAGAAGACAAUGAAGCUAAGGGACAACGUCUCCUGACAGCGCAACUUGCUGCGCUAAGCGAGGACAUAGACACGAAGGCUCGACUGGUGGACCAGCUGGAGGCAUCGCAGCGCCGCCUCGCCGCCCUGCGCACGCACUACGAGCAGCGCCUGGAGCAGCUGCACGCGCAGAUCAAGGCCACGGGCGAGGAGCGGGACAAAGUGCUGGCGUCAUUGACGACACAAUCGUCCCAACCGACUGACAAGCUGAAGCGUAUCAAGGACGAGUACGAGCGGCGCAUCAGCACGAUGUCGCGCGAGCUGCGGCGCCUGCAGGCCGCGCAGAGGGAGCACGCGCGCCUGCAGCGCUCCCAGCAGCACACGGCGCAGCAGAUACACGCGUUGCGGAACGAGCUCACCGGCCUCAAGCGAGACAAGGUAAAAUUAGUACAACGCAUGCGCACUGAGUCUAAGCGACACGCUCAAGCGGAAGCGAUGAGAGCUAAAGAGGUGGCUCAACUGCGUAAAGAAUCCCGUAAGAAUGCAAACCUGAUCAGAAGCCUAGAAGCGGAAACCAGACUUAAGGAACAGGUACUAAAGAGAAAGCAAGAAGAAGUGUCACUAUUGAGGCGAGGGCAUCGUGACAAACUCAGCAGUCGCGCUGCGGGACGAUUGCAUGAUCGCCGAGGCAGGUCUCGAAUAUCCGGGCGCGAGCUGUGGUCCCGCUUGGAGUGCUGGCUGUCGCGCGCGUGCGCCGCGCGCUGCACGCUGGGCGAGCUGGAGGCGACGCUGGAGCACCAGCUGCGACAGAGGGACCGCGCCACCGGCUCCAGCGACCCCGAGUCGAAGGCCAUGCUGAGCUACCUGAGAGACGCCAUUGCUGAUACGCAGUCGCAGAUCAUGCAAAUUGAGGAAGAAAACGAAGAGAACGAGCUGCCCCGCCUGCUGGAGCUCGUGGACACGGAGAGCGCGCGCUACGCCGUGGAGCGGCUCGCGGGCGCCGCGCUACAGCGCGCCCACGACGCCGCGCGACACGUGAAGGCGCUGCACGACACGCGCGCGCAGCUCACCGAGUUGGAAGAGAAGUCGGAGCGAACAGCGAGCGCACUUCGAGCAGCUGAGGACCAGAACCUCAACCCGUGGGGGGUCCCUCCGGCGCUGGCCGCACUCCUGGCCAACGUGUCAUCGGGUACCUCCACGCGAUCCGUCUCGCCUGUUGACACCGCUCUACUGGACGUGCGGCCGCCUGUGAUAGGAAAGCGCGAGUCAAACACGGCCCCCGCCUCGCCUCCCGACGACAUGCGCCAUUCGCCUUUCCAUCGAAAUACCGGUCGUCGCGGAUCAGUCCGCUUACGCGAUCUGGGCGUGUACGGCCGGGAAGAGAACGGGGAGGUGAUGGACCCCAUGACACAGUCCAUGGUGGAGCCUACGAGCCCAAGGCCCGCGCCGCUGAGCAGGGUGCCCAGCGCACCCGGCAGCCUCAGGGGUCUACAGCCAGUGGGCGGCCUCGUAUCACCGGUGGCCCCACGUCGCAUGCCCGAGAGCCCGCGCUUAGUGCGGCGACAGCACUCACACACUCUCGCUAAACCAGCCUCAUUGGAGCCCGGCGGCGAGUGUACACCUCCUGCGUCCCCCAGCGCAGUGCGCAGGGCGAGGGACGACGAUGUCUUCCUGCGGUUAACAGGCGCUGCUCCCGAUAACGCUCCUCAGGGCACCGUCAAGGAAGUUUCGCUCAAGCGCACAAAUGUGGGCGUGGGCAGCAACGUGGGCGCGGGCAGCUCGUGGCUGCAGUGCACGCACGUGGCCGAGGGACACGUGGGCGCUGCGCUCACGCUGGCCGUGACUCCCCAUGCGCUCUACAGCGGCGGAGUCGAUCGCACGGUGCGCGGCUGGGACCUGUCGGGCGGGCGCGAGGCGUGGCGCGGCUGGGGCGGCGGCGCCGUGGCCGCGCUGGCCGCCGACGCGCGCCUCGUGCUGGCUGCUGCGGGAGCGGCCGUUAGGCUGUUCGACACGCGCACCAGCCAGCCCAGCGCCGUGCUGUGGUCGUCAGGCGCCGUGGGGCCAGCGGCGUCGGUGCGCGGCGGCGAGGCGGCGGUCACGGCGCUGUCGCUGGCGUCCAGCACGCGCCUAUACACCGCCGCCGGCGACAAGCUGCGUCUGUGGGACUUGCGGAUGCUGGAAUGCGUGUACAAGGCGUGGUCGGGGCACGCGGCGGCGGUCAUGUGCCUGGCGCGCGAGUCGCUGCCCAGCGGGGACCGCCUCGCCACCGGCUCGCGCGACCACUGCGUGCGCGUGCACGACCUGCAGCACAACAGUGGCACGUGGGAGGUGUGCAACCGGCGGCUGAUGGAGCCGCCGCACUACGACGGUGUGCAGGCGCUGUACCUGCGCGGGAACUUCCUCUACAGCGCGUCGCGGGACUCGAGCCUCAAGUGCUGGUCUCUUACCGAUAACACCCUCACGCAUAGCGUGAUGAACGCCCACAAGGGCUGGGUGACGGGGUUAUGCGCAGUGGGCGCGGGCCUCGCGAGCUGCGGCCGCGACCAGGCGCUGCGGCUGUGGAGCGGCGCGCUCCGCCCCGCCGCGCCUCCCGCGGCGCUGCCCGACGCCCCGCACGCACUCGCCGCGUGCCCCGCCACCCACACACUCUACACGGCCGGCAGGUAGGUGCUGCCAUCUGUACUACCUGCUGCUCUAUGCGCAGUGGGCGCACUCGCGAGCUGCGGCCGCGACCAGGCGCUGCGGCUGUGGAGCGGCGCGCUCCGCCCCGCCGCGCCUCCCGCGGCGCUGCCCGACGCCCCGCACGCACUCGCCGCGUGCCCCGCCACCCACACACUCUACACGGCCGGCAGCGGCGGCGAAGUGCGCGCGUGGCGGCUGGUCUCCGAGCCCUGAGCGACACAGCUCUGGUCGCGUGCGGUGCUGGCGCGUCCGCGUCAUCAGUUCAGCAAACAACAGGUGACAGUCGCCCUCCGCGCCGCCCUCCCCGCGCACGCGCCGCGCCUGGCGGUGACACCCACACUCACCAGGCUCGGACACAUUUACGGACGCCUCACCAGUUUUGUCAUCAGAUUCAGAACACGGUAGCCGUUGUAACAGCGUUUGAAGAUACAACUUGAUCUUCUUGCCUUCGCUUGGCGGUGACACUCGCACUCACCAGGCUCGGACACAUUUACAGAUACCUCACCAGAUUUGUCAUCAGACUCGGAACACGGUAGCCGUUGUAACAGUUUUUGAAGAUACAACUUGAUCUUCUUCUUUGAGUGCUAUUUCUACGGUUUGCGACCGUUACGGCUAUUCUAACUUCAAAGACGGCAGCUUGGAACGAUCUUGUGGUCAUCCCGUUUAACUUGCUUUCUUCAGAGAACUACAUGUCUAAUUAUUUGUCAAAUUGUGACACACGGCUUUACCAGGCCUAGUCACAUUUACGGAAACUUAACCAGACUCGAGUUUUUGAAAUAUUACUCAAUCUUCAUUUUUAAGUGCUAUCUACGACCGUCUGCCACCUUUAUGGAUAUUCUAACUUCAGAGAUGGCAGCUUGGAACAAUCUUGUGGUCAUACCAUGCCAAUCGAAGAGGUAAAACUAAAGGUUGUAUUAUAACAAACAUCCUAGCUUUCAUAGUUUUGUGUAUUGUUCAUGCACUCAAUAGGUACUCGGCAAUAUUAGGACCAGCGUUGUGUGUUUGAUUUAAAAAUCACUUGUGUUAGAAAACCAUGCUUACAUACUUGUGUGAGGAAACCUGCAAGUCUGAGAAUUCUUAGCUUGUGGUGGACUAUGGCUUAAGGUUUAAUACCCCUCAAUCUGAUGACCCCAUGAUGAGUUGUUGUGUUAGUAAUAGACUAGUUUCCUUUGAUCUGACAAGUAACAUGACAGUGUCAAUUUGACAAGUACAUUACAACUAAUCUGAAAGUUACCAGUUUGUUUAAAAAGCCUUUUAUUUUAUGGCCGAUAUAUUAAUCGAAAGUUUCAAAUCUUUUUAACUCAAUUAUACAAAGGAAAGUUUAAAGAGUAGGUAGUGUUUUGUACUUGAAUAAAACAUUGUUGAAUAAUGGGUAACUUGAACGUGACAUUCAUGUUACUACCCAUUCGGAUAAUGAAUGAGAAUGGAAAUGGCUGCUCAUUAGCACUUAUCUACUGUUAACAACUCGUACUAAGUAGAAAUGAGAAGUUAAUAGAUGCACCAUUUCCAAUCACAUUCAUUAUCUGCAUGUUUAGUAUAUUGACAAAGCAUAUAAUCUAUUAAGUAUACUGUAGUUCUUUAGCGAUAUUAACUUGACAAUAGAUUCGAUCGACAAUAUGCUGAAAGUAGUUUUCGAUAGCUACCUCGUAGAAAAGACGGUAUUGAAUAGUUCCUUAAAUUUAACAUUUCUUAAAAAAUAAAUAAAAGUAAACAAUUGAAAUUUUUUCUAAAGUAUCGACAAUGUCAAAUUAAAAUUACUAAGCGAGAACUUCGAUCAAAUUUAUUUGUAUCAUGAUUUUUUUUAGCCAAACUAUGAGACUAAAAAAAUAAACUUCGAAUGGCUAAGAAUAACUAAAGUAAUGUAUCUUAUUUAACUUUGCCUUUUCAAUGUCACUUACCUAUAAGAGUAGGUUUCAAUUGUAUGUUCCAUAAAUACUCAUUUAUAAGCGCCAAAAGACAUCCAAUAAUUUACAUCUUCCACAUCGUUUUUCUAGGUCCCAACCAUUGACCUCUUUAAUAAAAGGACGCGCAAUCAUAGAUAAUUUCACUUAAAAAUUGGACAAUUUUAGAAUUAUUAGUAACAAAAAAAUGAUACCUAAACGCUUUUAAAUAUAGUCCAAUAUUCAAUGAAAUCCCAAAUUUAGAGCAAAUUCAACCUUAAGCAUUGAGUUUAAGGUUGAAUUUGCAAAUGCGACUACUUGAAUUGAGUGCCAAGAAGUUAUGUUUGGCACUUAAUGAGUGGAGACGUUUUUUGUUCGCUGAUUGUGCAUCCACUUUUUAAUAGGAGAUCGAUGGUCCCAUCCUAAUUUGCAGUCUUACUGUGCAAGUGAGAUAACAAAUUAACAAUAAAGUAAGCAUUAGAGUGAGAUGGACAAUAUGAAAUUAUAUUUCGUUAUAGACGACCAUCAUUUCUCAUUCAAGUUAUCAUUAUCAUUCAUAACAUAUCACGUCCAAAUUUUAUAGCGAAGUCGAGAAAUAACUAAAGUAGUCAACCAUGAAGUAUUAAGACGAGUUUAUUUCCAAUAUGAUGGACUAGGUAAGACUGUAUACCAAUAGUUUUUAUUAAUAUAUUAGAGACAUAAUAAAUGGCCUUCAUAUAGAUAAUAAGCUGUUAUAUGGAUUAUUUCUGGUAUAACGGAUAUCUGCGUUGUGUGUCUUGCAAAGCCUAUUCCUUGUUUUAAGCAAAGUUUAAUCGAAAACUUCACGGAAAAUGGUUUAGUACAUAUAUUAGGCGCAUGCAUAUAUGCACAGUCACUCGAUUUGUAUUAUUUUGCUUAAGCUAUAUGUUAUUAGAAUUUUGUUCACCUGAUACUUGGCGAUAUCCGAUUCGAUCGAUUAUCCGAGUAAAAUAGUUUAAGCAGUAAUUAUUGAAUGGAAAUGAAUGCCUUAUUGCCAAAUGCGACGCACAUACAUUUUUUUACAAAUAAUUCUAUAUAUUAUAAUUAUGAAAUUAGUGAAAUCAUGAAUUUUGUAUUAUGUUUUUGUGAAAUUUUCUUUAGUAGGUAGAUUAAAUCAGAAUUUUUUUUUGUUUUUAAUUAAAUUAUAAAUCAAUGGGCUCAAUUUAUUUUCUCAUUUUAAUUUUUAUCAUUUUUAACGUAGUAUAAAUAAAUUAAAAAUAAUUAUAAUCAUGAACACAAUAUACAUGUCAUUAAUAUUAAUUAAUAAUUUAAUAUAGUCUGUGAUUAAUCGAUCAAUUAUAUUUUUGUACAUUCCUGUGCUACGGGUACGUUUGUAACACGAUUCAUAUAUUCAUAGUUUUAUUUUAUUAAUCGCUCAUUAGGAUGUAAGCAAAUGAAAUAUUCAAAAAUAAUUAGUAGCGCUAUUCAGUAAAGAUAUUUUUAUAACUCCACAGUAUGAGUUUCGAAUUCUUCUCUAUGUCUCUGUCUAACACCAUACGAUAGGAAGAGAUAGAGACGAAUAUGAAACUCGGAUAUUCGAGUUAUAAAAACAUCAUUACAAAAAGAAAGCAUCUGCGACCGUGACAAAGCUACUGAAAAUCGGCAAUUAAUUGAUUUUUAUCAUUACUAUGAAAUAAUUUAUCAUAUUUAAAUUUAUUUUUUUACUAUCUAACUCUAAAAAAUAUUGAACUGAAAUGUUUCUUAUAACUCUUUCCCGCUAUCUACAAUCUUUUACCAUUGUACGAUUUUCUCUUUGUGUUAUUUUUAAAAAUAAUACUUACUGUUAUUCGUAUUGCGGACUUUUCAUCCAUCUUGCUUAUUUUCUAUUUUCUAUUCAUCAAGGCAUUGCAUUUUGGUUUGAAAAAACUAAAUCCAAACAAACUGAAGUAGGUACACAAUUCAGUACUUUUUCACUGUCGCAGUAUUAUCUAUAUAGAAAUAUGUAUUACAAAAGUUUAUAUCAUUUCGCUUCUGCCUAUAUUAUUGUAAUCACAAAAUGCACACCUGGCUAUGAAUUUAUUAUUUUUAUUUUUACAUUAAUGAAUUUAAUUUUCCACUGCAGUAUUAUUGUACCUUAUUACUUGAUGUCUAAUAUAUACAAGACAAUAUUUUAAUUCAACUUUACGUACCUAUUUGUGAGGCUAUGCAAAUUAACAGUUUAAAGAAAGUUUAUAUAAGAUGUUAUAAUAUAGAUAAUAUAGUUUUAAGUUGAAUUUUUGCAUAAACAGAGAUGCUGUGAGCUUUCUGUGAGUGCACCGCGUAUUGUGAAACUUGUAGACGAGCGCAAUUUUAACCAAUUUAUAUGUGUGUUUGUAAUGAAUUGAAUAAUUAUGUAUUAAAUAAUUUUUCGAUUUUAAACGAUUUCUUGUACGCACUAUGAAAAGUUCGCCUUAAUAUUAUGAAAUGAUUUUUUUAUGAAUUUUAAACAAGACUAUGGAAUCUCGGAGAUAUUUUUAAAUCCAUGAAACAUCAAUAAAGUACUAGUCAUUGAAAGUUAUGUUUUAAAAUUGAUAAAUUAAAAAAAAUAUUGGAAAAUCAUAAUUGUUUUGAUAUUUUUUAAUCUGUUGCGCAGUAAGUCCGUUUGAAUCUGAAAAACAAUUGUUUUUUUAAGUGUGCAGGAAAGAAAGUAGUUUUUUUAUCUUUUUUACCAUUGUCCUGCCAAAAAGCCUGAACAAGUAUUAUUUGAGGCAAUAGAUUUUAUUUACAAAUUAAAUUAUUUUAAAAAUUCGAAUUGUUUUAAAUGUCAUGUAUUGUUUCGAGAUGUAAUGCUUAAGUGUCAAAUAAAAUUUUGUUUUUAUGAUA